AUGAAAGGUAUGGUGUGCCAAAUCUAGAGAAAGCGUCGUACCUUUGUAGAAAGAAAGCAAACCAUCUGCUACCAGAAAAAGGCCAAAACUGCACAUCAUUGACUCCUGGACCGAACUGCGACCGUUUCAAACGUCACAUACCAUAUGCUAGAGAGACAUUAAAAUGGGAUAUCAUUUUCAAUGCUCAAUACCCAGAGCUGCCCCCUGAUUUUAUCUUUGGAGAGGAUGCUGAAUUUCUGCCAGACCCCUCGACUCUGCAUAACCUUGCCUCCUGGAAUCCUUCAAACCCUGAGUGCCUCUUGCUCGUGGUGAGGGAACUUGUGCAGCAGUACCACCAGUUUCAAUGCAGCCGCCUCCGUGAGAGCUCACGCCUCAUGUUUGAGUACCAGACGCUCCUGGAAGAGCCACAGUAUGGAGAGAACAUGGAAAUUUAUGCUGGGAAGAAAAACAACUGGACUGGUGAAUUUUCAGCUCGUUUCUUAUUGAAGUUGCCAGUGGAUUUCAGCAAUAUUCCCACAUACCUUCUCAAGGAUGUAAAUGAAGAUCCUGGAGAAGAUGUGGCCCUCCUUUCUGUCAGUUUUGAGGACACUGAAGCCACCCAGGUGUAUCCCAAGCUAUACUUGUCACCUCGAAUUGAGCAUGCACUUGGAGGCUCCUCAGCUCUUCAUAUCCCUGCUUUCCCAGGAGGAGGAUGUCUCAUUGAUUAUGUUCCUCAAGUGUGCCACCUGCUCACAAACAAGGUCCAGUAUGUGAUUCAAGGAUAUCACAAAAGAAGGGAAUACAUUGCUGCCUUCCUCAGCCACUUUGGCACAGGUGUUGUGGAAUAUGAUGCUGAAGGCUUCACAAAACUCACUCUGCUGCUAAUGUGGAAAGAUUUUUGUUUUCUUGUACACAUUGACCUGCCCCUGUUUUUUCCUCGAGAUCAGCCAACUCUCACAUUUCAAUCCGUCUAUCACUUCACCAACAGUGGACAACUUUACUCCCAGGCUCAAAAAAAUUACCCAUAUAGCCCCCGAUGGGAUGGAAAUGAAAUGGCCAAAAGAGCAAAGGCUUAUUUCAAAACCUUUGUCCCUCAGUUCCAGGAGGCUGCAUUUGCCAAUGGAAAGCUCUAGGAAACACCAGUGUUGAGAGGCAGCCAGCCAGACUACUCGGUCCACAUGUGUGUCAGCACACAGGCCGCUUCCUGGAAGCCACUUGGAAUGUCUGCAUGGCAGCGUUUUGCUCGUACAGCAGCUCUGUGUAUCCCAGACAGCCCUGCUCUGCUGGAACCCAAACUGGAGCUGGCUGGUGGUACCCUGAAUCCUUGUACCCCUUACUGCUGGUUGCUCCCUCUUUCUUCAUUAUAUUUCUUAGCUGGAAGAAAUAAACUCAUAUAUGAUACAGAAAUUUUCCAGGGAAAGUAAGAUGUCAUAAAUGUACA